CCCUUUCCCCCUCCCCCAAAGCUGUCGCCCAAGAUUGCACGGUUCACCGGUGCACCCAAUCACGGCUCGCGAUUGCAGCAUAGUUACAGGGCUAGAGGGAAGGUGCAAAGCCAUUUUAGUCAUUUUGGUGGGGCAAAACGCCUUUAACGCCUUUCACGCUUCCACUGAACCCCCCGAACUGGUGGCCCCCCUCCCCUCUGCACAACCUUCUGCACAAUCACUAUUCUCAUUUUGUUGUGUUCGCUCUACUGCUCUACUGCUUGGGCUGCCCUGCUGCGGCCGACCAAGCAAAAAAUUUGCGCCCCAAACAAUUCAACGUCACCUCAUCCAACAACGAUAGUUUGCCCAUCAAAACAACCACCUGAACACGCGUUUUACCUCUCAAAAAUUCGAUUUUUCAUCGUCGCAUGACCUAAACUUUUAGGUCCCCGAAUUUUUUCGGGCUUUUUCCGACCACUUUGUCGACUUCUCCCGCCCCAUCAUCCUACACCGCUGACCGCCAUGUCGACCCGGAAAGUGCGAUACAAGAAACUUAACACAAAGACGCCUCUGCCCAUAUUCCGCGAAGAUCAAAUCGACCCCAACGAAUACGAAUCUCUUACAACUGAAUCUCAAAUCGCGACCGGUGUCGAGCAAGCAGAAGAAAAUGAAUACCAUCUGCAGGCUGCCCUCAAGGGCGUCGGCGCAAGCACAGACAAUGAAAUUCCUGUGCCGCCGCCCCAGAAGAGUGAGACGAACUAUGAUGAGCUGUAUCCCACUCCAUAUGUAGAGCCCAGAAAUUACAUCAAGUUUUCCGAGACCGUGGAAGAGACUUUGAGGAGUCUCUAUGAUAUGACCACAGAGGAUGAAGAGUAUCUCAAGGCCUACAAUGCUAAGUGGGUGGGAAAUACUCCGAUGUCCGAGGAUGACUUCGAGCGGAUCAUGGAAAUAUUUGAGGACACUGCCGCAGAGCAAGCUCCCUAUGCUGCAGUUGACAACACGGUGGUGUCGUUCGAGACGAUGCUCCAAGCCAUGAGACACGUAAUCCCUGAUAAGCUCAUCCAAACUCAUGCCAAGCAUGUCUAUGAGUACUGGAAAACCUCGCGACAGACAAGUGGCAACAAGCCCUUGCAUCCUUCGCUCAAGUUCGAAACCCAUCAAGAGCAUGACGACAUGGAUCCUUAUGUCUGCUUCCGCCGUCGCGAAGUUCGACAGACGAGGAAGACGAGGGCUCGUGACGCGCAGGUGAGCGAUAAGCUGAAGAAAUUACGUAGGGAGCUGGAAGAAGCACGCCAGCUUGUUGUCUUCUCAUAUCAGCGAGAGAUAUUCAAGAGGGAGAUGUUGAGUAGCGAUAAGUCAAUAUUCGAACAUCGGGCCAGUCUCAAAACCACCAAAGUACGAUUUGGUAUCAAAGUCGACGACGACGAUUUAUUCAACGCCCGACCACAGAAACGACCAAGGACAGAAGUUCAACAGCCGGCACGUGCUGGUCCUCAUGGUCAACUUCGGCUUGUCGUCCGUCCGGAUGGAGGGAGAUCCGUGGAACCCGCCGACCUUACUAUCUUAUCUGAUAAACUCGCCGAGAAGGAGAAUGAGUUGCGUAAUGAUGUUGAGAUGAAGAUCCAGAACCACCGGAGAUGGAAUCACAACUUUGUUGACUUGACUGCUGACCCACUGCCUCCCGUUCGAGAGGAGAAGGAGCCCAGCUUCAGGCCCGCUAAGACCGCUUAUUUGAUGACUCCGCCGGCAUCCGCAUCAGAUUCUAUGGAGAUAGAUGAGCCAUCUGCAGCAGAAGCGGAAGAGUCUCUUUUGCAUUCCGGCUUCAAUGGCAUUAACCUAGGCUCUACAGAGCACGAGGAGAUGCCUUCGUUCCGUCGUCGCAUAGGCCGAUUAAACCGAUUGUUCAUUGACCGUCGACCGCCCAAGGUACAUGAGCAACGAAGUCCUCCGCGGGAAAUAGAUUUUACCCAGAGUGAUCGUUGGAAGUAUGACCAAGAUGAUGACGAUGACGAUGAACAACCGGUGUAUGAAGUUGACCCCAAUAGCUCUCAGCAGAUGAGGUUCCGGUCGACGAUACCCCCGUCGGCCUUCCUCUUUAGAAGACAGGGUAUGGAUAAUGGCCAUCAGGGAGGGAAUACAAAUCGUCCAUCCCUACCACAACCACAAGCGCCUCCAAUUCAGCCUCCGACACAACCUCAAGUACAGCCUUCUCAGACUUCAACAUGAUGAGUCUUCUGGAAAAUUCUAAUUGAUCUCCGAUGAGUUCGGGAACCGAAUUAGGAACCCGAAUAGUCGUCGAAAAGGCGGAUGAUAUUCGGGAAAUAGCGAACCUAGUCGAAGAGACCCGAAUGAAGUAGAAGUCAGCCUCAAACCGACCAUACUUAAGUAUCACUACCCAGUACAAAGUAGGGCG